UAAGAGAGUAACUGCAAGGGGAGGAUGCAAUUCAUAACAGACCGGUGGAACCAUGAGAAGGUAUGAAUUCUCCAUCUUUAAAAGGCCACCCAUCACCAAAUCAGUUAAACAAUGAAUCAUCACAAUGGCAGGUUCCAUGGUGCCUUUCAUUCUGCUCGUAGUUGCCGUCGUUUCCCAAUGCUCUUCUGCUCAGCAUGGAAGGAAUCAGAAAGCAGCCAUGGUCGUUGGCACCGUUCUCUGUGACACCUGUUUCCACCAACAACUUUCAGGCAACAGCCGCUUCAUCUCAGGUGCAACUGUUGCAAUAGAGUGUGGUGAUGAAAAACAGAGCUUCAAUUUCAUAAAAGAAGUGCAGACAGACAGGCACGGAAAGUUCAGGGUGGAGUUGCCGUUUUCCGUCAGCCAUCAGACGACAAGAAUCAGGAGCUGUUCUGUGAGUUUAGUCAAGAGCAACGAGCCUUACUGUUCUGUGGCAUCCAUGGCGACCACCUCUUCACUCGGCCUCAAGUCAAGAAAAGCAGGGCGCCAUGUCUUUUCUGCAGGUUUCUUCACCUUCAAGCCUCUACAGCAGCCUGACCUGUGUUACCAGAAGCCGACCAUUACUUCCACCUCAAAGUAUGAUGUUCCACGUUUCCCUUUUGUCCCCCAACCAAACCCACCAUCAGCAGCACGGAACCCAGCUUUCCCUUUGCCGCCAUUGCUGAACUUGCCAUAUUUGCCACCACUCCUGAACCUGACACUUCCCCCGCUGAUAAGUAUAGCCCCACCUCAGCCACAAUCAUCAAGGCCAUCAACGAAGUUCGAAGGGCAAGAAUCAAAGUCAGUAAACUCCAAUCGCUUCAGUUCACCGCCUGCAAUUCCAUGAACUCAUUGCCAGAAUCCUCCCCCUUCUUUACGACUACAGUAGAACCACCGGUACCUCAGUCAUAGCCUUCAUCCUUCCACACCUCCGUUCCCUAAAACCAAGUUAAGCCCUUUGCAUGUCCACCCAGCCCUCCCACAUGAGGACUCAUAUGGGAUAAAAAUGAAGCAACUGUACGCCAUUGAGGGAUAAAAGAUUCAUAUUUCCUUCACAGAGGUGCAAAAGAUGGGUCCCAUGAAACCCGUCCCUUUGGUACAUGUGUUUAUCUAUAUUACAAAUAAAGUACAGGCUCCAUGGAUCAACAAGAAUAAACAUUCAUUGCGCUUUC